AUGAUGGAAGUCGAACAUCCUGCAGCCAAAGUUCUAGUAGAACUUGCUCAGCUACAGGACGAAGAAGUUGGCGAUGGUACAACAUCUGUGGUAAUUAUUGCGGCACAACUGCUUAAAGCUGCGGAUGAAUUAGUUAGUCAGAAAAUUCACCCAACGACCGUAAUGAGCGGAUAUCGACUUGCGUGCAAAGAGGCAUUGAAAUAUAUGCAGGAAAAACUUUCGAUCAACAUAGAUGAAUUAGGUCGUGAAUGUGUCCUGGCUGCAGCUAAAACAACGAUGUCAAGCAAACUGAUUGGACCUGAAUCAGAUUUUUUCGCCGGCAUGAUAAUUGAAGCUGUGGAAGCUAUGAAAUACAGUGAUGGACAAGGUGGCUUUAAGUAUGCUGUAGAAGCAGUGAAUAUUCUAAAAUCGCAUGGUGGCUCUACACUGGACAGUCUUUUGGUUCGCGGAUAUGCGUUGAAUUGUACUGUCGCUUCUCCAGGCAUGCCAAAGCGAAUCGUUAACCCUAAGAUCUGCUGUCUGGACUUCGGUUUGCAGAAAGUCAAAAUGCAUCUGGGCAUAAAUAUAGAAUUGGAAAAUCCGGAGAAAAUUGAAGCAAUUAGACGAGAGGAAAUCGACAUCAUGAAACGAAGAGUCGACAGAAUUUUGAAGACCGGCGUCAACGUUAUACUGACGACCGGAGGCGCUGACAACGUGUACAUUCGGCAAGUGGAGGAAGCAGGGGCAGCCCUUGUUAGGCGCUGUUUGAAGAAGGAUCUUAAACGUAUUGCGAAAGCCACCGGUGGUAAGUUUAUUUUUGUCGUUAGGUAUCGACCAUUCUUAUACGGCAUUUUGUGA